AUGUUGUUUGUAACUCGCGGAGGAAUGUCCUGGAAGGCUCUCUUCACCUGCGUGCUCGCGCUACUCUCGAGCACCGUUAUAGCAGCUCCAGGCUCAAACUUCAAAGCCCUACAACAAUGUGUCAACGGUGCUCUUGCAGGGGGAGGAAAUGUCGAAAAGCGCGUGCAAUCACCUGCAAACGCGACCUGGGACGAUGCCUAUAUUGGUGCCAUCAUCAAGCCAGAGACUCCCGCCAUGAUCGCUUUCGCUGAGAGUUUCACUGAAGUGGGCGCGUUGAUGGGCUGCGCUAACACCACCGGUUACCAAGCUGUUCCUCGUUCAGGACGACACCACUUCGAGGGCUGGUCGGCACUCAACGGCUCUCUCGUCAUCGACGUAUCAUCCCUGGAUUAUAUCAAGGUUUCCAGUGACCUCAGCAACGCGACAAUCGGAGCUGGUGCAAAUCUUGGUCAAAUAUACACAGAGUUGAGUGUUGUCAAUAAGACAUUCCUCGGAGGCAUCUGUCCCACUGUUGCUCUAGGAGGAUACCUCGGUGUUGGAGGAUACAGCCUUCAGCACAGAGCCCUCGGGAUUGCAGUCGAUCAGGUGCUUUCCUUCAAGGCAAUUUUGGCCAGCGGCGAGCUUGUCACCGUCUCUCCUACCUCAUACCCAGACUUGUGGUUUGCUGCAAGGGGUGGCGGUCAAUACGCCUUCAUCGUUGAGGCAACAGUCAAGAUUCUCACUUUGCCACGAUCCGCCAUGGUCGUUGGCUUCUAUAACAACUCGGACACCCGGUAUGAGGUGGCCAGAAAAUGGCUCGACUGGGCACCGACUGCGCCGAAGGAACUCACAACCCAGCUUAAUGUCUAUAGCAACCGCACUCACCUGAUCGGCUGGUACUUGGGUGGUUCUCCCGAGCAGCUUCGAACAGCCUUGAACAGUUCAGGUCUUUUGGACGUCGCAGACGGAGUUGUGUCCAUCGAUGGAAACUGCAGCACGGCCAAUUCUCGCAUGUACUGGCAAGAUCCUUCGACAAGGUGCACUGAUGAUGCGUCGGCCUACAAAGCUUUCCUCAAGGUGUACAACACCGAGUCGAUCAACCUGACUCCGAUACAGCCGGCUUUCCGCCUUGAUAAUACACCAGCCCUGCCAUCUGAACCUGUCGCCGAGCCAUGGCCCCGGUUCGGCGUCAUCAGCAAGACCUACUUUACCCAGAAGAGCAGGCCCAUCACAAAUGACACUCUGAAGGAACUCAUCAACAGUUCAGCUUCAUUAGGCGAGGAAGCCGGCUUCUGGGGCGAAUGGACCAGCUUUGGCAUCGCGAACCCGACCACAACAUCAGCCUUCCCUUGGUUGAAGGAGGCGCAGGCUUUGCUGCGAAUCGAGAUGAACUCGCCAAAGAAUGUGACCCAGUACAAUCAGAACCGUGCGUGGCUAUUGAACUUUGAGAAGUUCUUCCGUCCUAGAGUAGGAAAUGCGAGCUAUGCAGGAUAUGUCGAUGCUGACAUCAGUAUCAAUCCUCUGACUGCAUUCUACGGCAACAACACCUGUCGCUUGAUCAGCAUUAAGCAGAAAUAUGACCCCAACAAUUUCUUCCGAAACCCGUUCUCUGUCCCCACCCAGGUACCAAAGGGCAUUUCUUGCUGA